GAAAAUACGAGAAUGGCGUGUGGCGAGGAGGACGCUGUGCUGGAUCUCACCAGCUCGCAGCUGCACGAUCUUUCAGAUGUCAAUCUCCCGCCCGGCCUUGUGGAGCUGGAUUUGACGGCGAAUCGUCUCUCCUUCCUCGAUCAGCGAAUGCAACACCUCUCGCGCCUGAAGAAGCUCAGCUUGCGCCAAAAUCUUCUCGCGGACGAUGCUGUGCAGGCGCUCGGCGAGUGGCCCUCACUGUUUGGACUCCAAGAGCUAGUUUUGCGAGACAACAAGCUCACUAGACUUCCACCAGUUGGAGGGCUGUCGGAGCUAGUCGUGUUUGACGUCUCGUUCAACGAGCUCACAUCGCUGGAUGGCAUGAACAAAGUUUGCUCGAAGCUGCGAGAGCUUUAUCUGUCCAAGAACGAGAUCGUCAAGAUGGAGCAGCUUGAACAUAUGCAGGAGCUCCGCUUGCUCGAGCUAGGCUCCAAUAGGAUCCGGGUGCUGGAAGGAAUUGAGAAUAUGAAGCGACUGGAGGAGCUCUGGCUAGGCCGAAAUCGCAUCAGGACCGUCAACCUUUGUGGCUUGACAUCGAUUGUCAAGCUUAGCUUGCAAAGCAACCGGCUGACAUCAAUGCUCGGUUUCGAGGAAUGCUUGGCGUUGGAAGAACUAUACUUGAGCCACAAUGGCAUAUCCAAAAUGGAGGGACUUGCCACACUCGUCAAUCUUCGAGUGCUGGAUGUCUCUUCGAACAGGCUGACGUCUAUCGCGGACGUCGAGAACCUUGAAAAGCUCGAGGACUUGUGGUUGAAUGACAACAACAUUCCUUCUCUCGAUGGCAUCGAAACAAUCCUCUCUGGUCCACGACAAUCGUUAUCCACAAUCUAUCUGGAGCGCAAUCCAUGCGCGUCUGAUUCCUCGUACGUGAACAAGCUUAUUGCAGCUCUUCCCAAGCUUGGGCAGAUCGAUUCGCGCGUUCUUUAGAAACCUUCCAACAGUCGACAAGCACCAGACGGAAAAAAAGAUCUGAAAUUUAUAAGAGAAUGCCUCUCACACUUCUCGCACCAAAACAACAAGUUAUUCCUACGUUCCUCUACAUCAAAAGCCAGGAAGCCGCCAGCACCUCGAUGAAAGCAACGCCGCUGGUGAAAGAAUGCCG